AUAAGCAAACAGGAACUUGUUGUGCAGUGACACACGACUAAGUAGCCUAAACGAAACAAGACAAGCAAGGAUCACGGGCUGACUCUGUUUAUUCUCACAGGACUCCGCAUGGAGCCAACAAAUCUACAGAAAGCUAUUGCCAUAGCACAGAAGGCCUCAGAAGAAGACCAGGCCGAGAACUAUGAGGAGGCCAUCCGCUCCUACCAACAUGCUGUCAAAUACUUUCUGCACAUUGUAAAACGUGAACCCCAGGGUAAAGAUGGCAACCAGAAGAUCAGAGAAAAAUGUAAACAGUACCUGGACAGAGUGGAAGAACUACAAGACUACCUAGUGAAUAAAGAGAAAGCCAUUGAUCUUGCCAGCAAGGCGGCUCAGGAGGAUAAAGCUCAGAACUACGAGGAGGCUCUGCGUCUGUACCAAGCUGCUGUUCAGUACUUCCUCCAUGUGGUGAAAUAUGAAACCCAGGGUGACAAAGCUAGACAGAGCAUCCGGGCAAAAUGUGCAGAGUACUUGGACAGAGCAGAGAAGCUGAAGGAGUAUCUAAAGAAGAAAGACAAAGCUCCUCCCGCCAAGCCUGUCAAAGAGUCACAGUCUGAUGACAAGGGGAAUGAAAGCGAUGAAGGUGAUGAUCCAGAGAAAAAGAAGUUCCAAAAUCAACUCUCAGGUGCAAUUGUUAUGGAGAAACCUAACAUCAAAUGGAAUGAUGUUGCCGGUUUAGAGGGAGCCAAGGAGGCACUGAAAGAAGCUGUUAUUCUUCCCAUCAAAUUCCCCCACCUUUUCACCGGAAAGAGAACUCCAUGGCGAGGGAUCUUGCUCUUUGGACCUCCAGGUACAGGAAAGUCAUAUCUGGCUAAAGCUGUUGCCACAGAGGCAAACAACUCAACCUUCUUCUCCAUCUCCUCGUCUGACCUUGUCUCCAAAUGGCUGGGAGAGAGUGAAAAGUUGGUGAAGAAUCUUUUUAGCCUUGCAAGGGAGCACAAGCCUUCCAUCAUCUUCAUUGACGAAAUCGACUCUCUGUGUGGCUCAAGAAGUGAGAAUGAGAGUGAAGCUGCUCGCCGUAUUAAGACAGAGUUCCUGGUUCAGAUGCAGGGUGUGGGAAAUGACAACGAGGGAGUGCUGGUACUUGGGGCAACAAAUAUCCCAUGGACCCUAGAUUCAGCCAUCAGGAGAAGAUUUGAGAAGAGGAUCUACAUCCCGCUGCCCGAAGAGCACGCUCGCGGCUUCAUGUUCAAGCUCAACCUGGGCUCGACCCCCAACAGCCUCAGCGAGUCUGACUUUGUCACUCUGGGCAAGAAGACAGAUGGGUACUCGGGCGCAGAUAUCAGUGUCAUUGUCAGGGACGCUCUAAUGCAGCCUGUUCGAAAGGUCCAGUCAGCAACCCACUUCAAACAGGUACGAGGUCCAUCAAGAACUGACCCCAACCAUGUUGUAGAUGACCUCUUGACUCCUUGCUCACCUGGCGAUCCCAACGCGAUUGAAAUGACAUGGAUGGAGGUCCCUGGGGAGAAGCUAUUGGAACCUAUAGUAUCCAUGUCAGACAUGAUGAGGUCUCUGGCUAACACAAAGCCAACAGUCAAUGAACAAGAUCUGGACAAACUUAAAAAAUUCACAGAGGACUUUGGGCAGGAAGGCUAGGUGGGAUGAUUGAGCCAAGCCAAACCAAAGGAAUUUUGAUCGUCUCUCUUUACUGUCCUUGUCUCGUUUUGUCUCUCUCUGUCUCAUCAUAAUUCUUAACCCUGCCUCGUGGUUUAUGACAAGUGGGCAAGAAUACUGCUCUGUAUUGCCAAUCUGAUUACCACACAAAGGGUAGAAGACCACGUUUGAUCCAAUUUUCACUAUUGUCCAAAGACGAUUUAAGACUUCCCAUCCACGGCUGACCUGAUAAGAGUCAAUAUGACAUAGGGAAUUUAGAAGAUUGUUUGACUUGAACUAAAGACUUUAUGUUGUAGUGAGCAGAAUGCCCAAGCAACGUAAGGAAGCUAACGACAGACAUACACAAGAAUUAUUGCAAACAACGCUAUUGUAAUCAAGAUAAUUUAUUUUCAGUUAGGACUUGUGUCCUUAUUUUCCAGUCAGAAUACAUCUCAUAGACUAAUAAAUGCCCCGUAUAUAUUGUCUAUUUUAUAUUAAGAAAAGAGAAGCAUUUUAUAGUGUGUACUGUACUUUGUGAAGUGUACAAAUCUUGGGCUGGGGGAGUGAAGCGCGGCAUGAGUUCAUAGGAUUUGUUGUGAUGAAAAGUCAUUGUUGUCUCAAGGUGGUGGACGUUUUGAGUUUUGAGACCGAGAUACUCAGGAUGAGAGCUUCAUUAGGCCCUGUGGAAAUGAUGGAUUGUUUAUCCAGUUUCCUAACAAAUGACAAUUGCAUUUCUUUACUCAUUUGUCAUUUGAAUUAAACACGGCUAUUGAAUCACCAAUGGUGCCAGACCAGCAUUAUUUUACAAGUUUUCAAGGACUCAAUAGCUUUGAAUUGCUUUGUCACUCAGCUCAUGGUUUCUUUAUCUUUUUUUUCGCAAUCUACUGUUCAUAUUUUUCACUACUAUCCACAGGCUUUGCUGAGUAUCCUAAAUACAAACUGCAAAACUAGGCCUUAUAUUAAGAUAAAGUCACAUUGCUAAUUUUGAUGGUGUUGAAGUUGGACACUGAUGGCUCAGGUGGAGAGAUCAUCUUCUUGUAUACUUUACAACAUAGGAAUGCAUCUCCAAGCAUGAGCUAUAUGUAGCCAUAAGUGGCAGUGUGCACCAUGUGCCUUCCAGAAAAGCUGCAAGAUUCUUUUUUUUUUUAUUGGUUUAUUUCUAAAUUGGUCAAAUUGCUUAUAUAUACAGUGCUUUGUCACUACAACUAAGACAUGUAUAAUACUUGCACAUUUCAUGUAAGCUCUUUUAGAGAUUGUAUACAACUGUAUUCUUUUUCUCCUAAGGUGUGAAAACUCUUGUGUGAGUUAUGAUGGCGAACACUUCUUAUUUUACUGUAAAUGUCUAUACAUAUAGCCAACUUUUGAGCCUUUUCGCUUUGAAGAGGUCACCCAUGCAUAAGGCUUUCUGUUUUUCAUUUCCAUAAUGUAAAUAAAAGUUAUAGCUUCAUCAAGAAA